AUGGCUUCUCAAGGUUUUUCAGCAAAACUUACUAACAGGUUUCUGAAAACGAUAAAGUAUUGUGUACUGUUUGAUAUCAAGGAGAAAACUUUGAAGAAGCUAUUUAAGCAGCAGGAAGUUUACAGGAAAAGCAACUCCAUCAUCUUAUCUACAAAAGGAAGGCUAAACAAGUUGAAGACUUUAGCAAUUGUGAGCAAAUGA